GACAACGAGAAACCAAAAACAAACACUCAAUAAAAAACGAAUUCCUCUUUUCUCCCAGAAAAAAAAUACAAAAAUACAAAAAAAAAAAUAGAGAAACGCUAACAAUGGUGGCGGUUGAUUAUAACGAGAAGAGCAGUGGAAGCAGUCUCAAGUUUCUAUGCAGUUACGGCGGCAGAAUCCUCCCUCGUUAUACCGACGGAAAGCUCCGUUACGUCGGAGGUCAUACCAGAGUCCUCUCCGUCGAUCGUUCUCUCUCUUUCCAAGAGCUGAUGAAGAAACUGUUUGAGUUCUGCGGAUACUCCGUUGAUCUGAGAUGUCAAUUACCCAACGGCGAUCUGGAGACUCUAAUCUCCGUCAAAUCAGAGGAGGAUCUAGCGAUCAUCGUCGAGGAGUACGAUCGCGUCUCCGGAGCCAAGAUCCGAGCCGUUCUUUCUCCUCCGAGGUCGCAUAGACACGAAUCUCCGUCGUCCUCUAGCGGAGAUCGAUCUCCGAACUCGACGUUCUCCGUCACGCCUUCCCCGCCGAACUCGCCUUCGCCGGCGUACGGAAGAUAUCUGCAAUCUCGGUAUUGUCUACCUCCCACGGAUUUUGCUAGAAGAUUUAAUCAUCGAUCAGUGGAAUCUCAUUGCUGGGCAUGUCGUGAACACAAAGACUCUAGGCUCAUCUAUCACUGACGGUGAUUUAGAAAUUCGAAUACACGCCAUACAUACGAGGACGAUGACGACGAAAAGACAAAAUUACACGUUAGAAAAUGGAAAAUUAAGAAAUUGGGAUUAAAGUUUGGGUUUUUUUAAACGAUGUGUUGGUUUGUGAAGAAAAGAAUUAAAUUUUUGUUCAUAACUACGGUCAGAGAGAUGACCGGUGGAGUAAUUAUCGUAGUAGUCGGAGAAGAAGACGGAAUGUUCAUACUCGGCGUUAGUUGCCGUUACCAGCCGUUAGAGUUACCAUUAUGACGUGUUCGCACGUAUGGCGUUUUUUUGUAAUACGUGAUACGUGGCGAAUACUGAGAGACUGUCUGGAGUCAAUGUCAGAGAUGUAACACGUGUAUAGGCUAGUGGGUUCGUUACGUCAACACGUGUCAGCCAUCCGCACUCUGGAUUUAUUUUUUACAAGACGAGGUUCUUUUUUGUUUUGUGGCUUCGUUGAUAAU